AUGACCGAGGCCAAAGACUACGUGAACCAACACCGCCAAUCAAGCCCGUCACCACCCAGCCAUCCCACUCGGAUGAGUGACCAAAAGGCAUCUUGGUCCACCGGCACCAUCGACAUGGACGGCGUGGCAGGUGGUUCGACGGCGCCAGAAGGAGCGCACAGUCGCAAACGGUCCGCCGACCAUCUCCCCUCGGAACCACACAUCUCGCGCAAGGGCCGAGCAUGUCUGGCGUGUCGCAAACUCAAAGUCAAAUGCGACAGCCUCGAGCGCGGCGACGCAGGGUGUUCUCGCUGCCAGCGCCUCGGGGUCGACUGCAUCACGUCCAAACGCAUGCGCUACAGUCUCGAGGACGAAGAUGGCCGUCUUCAUCCGCACGUCGUCCGUCUGGACCGAGCGGUCGAGGACAUCCUCUCGCAUCUCAAGAUGCCUUCACUCGACUCGUACGCUCAGUUUCAAUCUUCUGCUGUCUCCGAAUCUCACCAUCAACAACCAUCGAUCCAGCUUCUUCCUCCUCAUCACCAUCAUCAUCAUCAACAGCAGCAGCAGCAGCAGCAGCAGCACCAGGAGGAGCGGCAUUCUUUACUCCUGGCACCGACCGAACCACCGUCGCAUUCUCAAACCACGCGCGAAAACUCCAGGGAACCACCGGGCACCGUGGACCCGGAGAAUGCGUCGUCGGAGAUGGCGCCGGCACCGAUGGGCUCUCUGUACGAGGUGACGCAGCUCACGUCGCUGCGCAGCCGGCUCCUCAAACACGGGGCGCCGGCGGGGCGGCGCAACUCGCGGAAGAAGAUGGACCACCACGACAUGGUGUCCCUGGGCGUGCUGAGCGUCGACGAGGCCGAGGCCAUGUUCGCGCUCUUCAAGACCACGCUGUCGCGGUACCUCUUCGACGCGCCCAUCGACGAGUCCCGCUCGCUGCAGUCGGUCCGCGAGUCGUCGACCCUGUUCUUCACCGCCAUCGUCACCGUGACCAGCCUGCACAUCCCGGGCCGCGAGCACGUCUACGCCCUCGCCCACGGCCACCUCCGGGAGUUGAUCGCCACGAGCUUCUUCGACCGCUUCCACACCCUCGAGGACGUCCGCGCCCUCUGCAUCGCCGCCUUCUGGCUGCCCGACCUGAGCUGGAAGUUGUCCGGGCACUGCGUGCGCAUGGCCACCGAACUCAACCUGCACCAGGCGUUCUACAAGGCCUUUUAUUCCGUGCGCCAACAGUCGAAACCACCACAACCACCGCCACCACCGUCGCUGCUUGCUCCCCAGCCCCAGGAGCACGACUCCGGCGGCGGAAGCAACAGCAACAGCAACAACGGCAGCACCCGAGGCGACGUGGAGCCUGACCGCCCUGCCCAGCUUGAGCGCGCGAGGCUCUGGUACCUGCUUUACGUCCUGGAUCACCAUUUCAGCAUCGCCUACGGUCGGCCGCCCGUGACCGCCGAGCUGCAAGCGAUCAAGGAAUACGACGUCUUCCUCAGCGCCCCCGAGUGCACGCCCAGCGAUCGCCGGGUCUUGUCGCAGGUCACGCUGUUCAUUAUACUGAGCCAGGCGUACGGGCACUUCGGGCUGGAAGCGGAGAGACUGAUGGAUGGAGAUGAUGUGUCUUUGCGUACCCACGCACGCUUCAUCGAGGAUCUAGAUAGAUGGAGGUACCAGUUUCGCCACGCCCUGAACAGAGAUGCACAUAUCGGGGAUUACCCCGCCGUCGGCGUCGAUUUACAUUACUACUUCGCAUCCAUGAUGCUCAAUUCCCUCGCACUACGGGGGCGGUCGUUGUCCACCAUCUCCUCGACAUCGACUCUCCCAACUAGUCUUCGGCCGCUCGCGUCCCAGGCCAUAAACUCGGCCCACCAGAUCUUGAUCGUUGUCCUCGACGAACCUUCGAUACGAGACUCGAUGGUCGGGGUGCCAUUGUACUUGCACACUGUCAUUGCUUUCGCCGUCGUCUUUUUGAUCAAGAUGUCCUCUCGCUGGGCCGGCAUUGGCGUCACUAUCGAUCCGGAUCAGAAAACGAAGCCACUGAUCGAAGCGGUAAUCGACUUGUUCAGGAGUUGUAGAGCCGGUAAGAAUCACAUCUUAUACGCAAUGGCUGAUGGUUUCGAAAGAUUGCUCAAGAGUAAUAUGGGAGCACAAGCGGUAACAGGCAAAGCGGAGAAUGGCCAUGCUCAUGGUCAAGCCCUUAUGACCGCACGAGCCAACGGCCAACAUGCCACCGGAUAUACACAUCCCACACAUUCGAUGCCGCAACAAGCCCAAUCAGAAGUGUAUGGCCCCGGGACAUCUGCUAUCUUAGCCCCGCAGCACAAUACUCUCUCUCCAACAGCAUACACUCCGCAAUCCCAGUCCCACCCAAAUGCUGGAGGUGUUUAUGAUGCGUACUUGUCUCCACAUAGCCAACCUACGUCAACCGGGACGUAUGGUGGAUGGCAGACCGAGGAUGAUAUGCUCUGGAGCAUGGGUAUGGGCUAUGAUCUGCUAGCGACCGCGCCUGAUGUGAACGCUCAGGGAUUCCCAGGCUGGCCUGGCAGUGGGUCUGGUGACAUGACUGGUGUCGGAUAUGGAGUAUGA